AUCUCAAACCCCUCAUCAUUCACUUCAAUUUAAAUUCACAGAAGACGGAGUAAAGAAGGUGGAAUGAGUCAAUAAGGGAGAGAUGAGUGUGAAAAGAGAGAUGGUGAAUAGUAGUAAAGUUUGUGAAUAGGGAUUAGGAAUUGGCAAGUCAUGCAAUGGGAAGAAGAAGAAGGAGUGGUUAUUGUGGUGGUUGUUUGCACCACCACCACCUAGCUUCACACAUUCCAUGCACCACCACCUUUCUCUCUCUACUCUCAGUGGCUGCUCUGCUCCUCCUCUAUAAGGUUGCCAUCAUCUCUCAAACAACAAAGACCAUUGUUGGGCACAACCUGGAGCCCACCCCAUGGCAUAGGCAUCAACUCCCCCCUGAUAACAAUCAGUGGACAGCAAAAUAUUCUAAGAUUUUCCGCUGCUCCUAUCUCCUCAAUGCCUGCAGCAGCAGCAGCAGCAGCAGUACUAAACCAUACAAACAACCUUCAAUUGCCUAUGCCAAUCCGAAUCUGAGUAGCAGUCGUGGCGAGUGCCCCGCCUUCUUUCGUUGGAUCCACGACGAUCUGUCACCGUGGAGGGACAGUGGGGUGAGGAUAACGCAGCAAAAGGUUAUGGAGGCGCGCAAAUGGGCAGCAUUCCGAGUGGUGAUAGUGGGGGGAAAGCUCUACGUGGAUCUUUAUUAUGCUUGCGUGCAGAGCAGGGCAAUGUUCACAAUUUGGGGCCUCCUCCGCCUCCUCGACAGAUUCCCCGGACUGGUCCCCGACGUCGAUCUCAUGUUUGACUGCAUGGAUCGCCCUAUGAUCCACAGGUCCAGUUUCAACAACCAAAGCGCCACCAGCAACUCUUGGAAUUGGCCCCCUCCUCCACUCUUCCGCUAUUGCAGCUCAACCAAGCACUUUGACAUUCCUUUUCCAGACUGGUCCUUCUGGGGUUGGUCAGAAGUGAACUUAGCUCCAUGGGAUGAAGAAUUCAGAAGCAUAAAGCGAGGUUCUCAAAAUCUCAAGUGGACUGAGAGGGAGGCCAGAGCAUAUUGGAAGGGGAAUCCUGACGUUCAAUCUCCUGUACGUGAGGAUCUGUUACGCUGCAAUGACUCUGCAAUUUGGGGAGCACAGAUCAUGCGUCAGGACUGGGUAGAAGAAGCAAGAGCCGGUUAUGAGAAGUCCAAACUUGCCAACCAGUGUACACAUCGGUAUAAAAUCUAUGCAGAGGGCUAUGCAUGGUCCGUGAGUUUAAAAUACAUUCUCUCAUGUGGAUCACUUGCAUUGAUUAUUUCUCCACAAUACUAUGACUUUUUCAGUCGUGGCCUCAUUCCAAGGAAAUCUUUCUGGCCAAUUUCAAGCACAAACCUCUGUCCCUCAAUAAAGUUUGCUGUUGAUUGGGGUAAUGAACAUCAGAUUGAGGCGGAGGCCAUAGGCAGAGGUGGACAAGAUUUCAUGCAGGCAAUGAAUAUGGAAACUGUGUAUGAUUAUAUGUUUCACCUUUUAAUGGAGUACUCCAAAUUACAAGACUUCAAGCCAAAGGCCCCUCCAUCUGCACAACUCCUGUGUACGGAAUCUGUACUUUGCUUUGCUGGGGCAAGAGAGAGGGACUUCCUCCUCCGUGAGACGCCUGCUGCUGAUUCCUCCCACUCCCUACCCUGCUCUCUCCCCUCACCUGACAAAAAACUCAUAGGGGCAUGGACCAUGCACAAUCAACACAUCAUCAACGAAAUCCAAGGGAAGGAGGUGGAGAGAAAUGUGUCAACCUAGUUCCAUGUUAUAUCACCCUUGUAGUUUGACAUUCCUGCCAACCACCUUAAGAGGAAGGGAUCGGGUACAGGUUUUAUGUGAUGAAUGUGCAGAACAUUGAGGUUCUCAGUUUCCUCAGUCAAGGAGAUAUGGCUUGUAUUAAUCAAGGGUGAUUUUUGUUUCUUUGUAUGCUUUUGCACAUCUAUUUUUGAUGCCAUGUAAGAGUGUAGAUUGUAUGGCAUGUUAAAAGUGUAGGUUGUAAAACCAGAAAAAGAGGUGAGAACAGUGGCUAACCUAAAAAUGUCAAGUUGCUUACCCCCAAA